CGGCGGCGCUGGUCCGUCGUCUUGGUGUCUGUCGGCGCUUAUCAUUCGGGCAGUCUGUUCAAUUGGCACUGGCAGUGACAGACAACCACCAGUACUAUAUAGCUAGCUAGCUGCAGCGAUACCCACAACACACCCACAAGAAUCCAAGAUGAAGAUGAUGCGCUCCUUCAUCUUCGUCCUCCUGUUCCUCGCCGCUGCAUCACCACCAGCUGGAGCAUCCGCCGACUCCUCCAGCAAGCAGGACCGGUGCCACUCGGGCGACAAGGCGGCGCUGCUGGCCAUCAAGGCGGCGCUCGGCAACCCAUACCACUUCGCGUCGUGGACACCCGACAACCCCUGCUGCGACUGGUACGACGUCGACUGCGACGCCGCCACCGGCCGCGUCGUCGGCCUCGCCGUGUUCCAGGACGCCAACCUGACGGGCACCAUCCCGGACGCCAUCGCGGGGCUCGUCCACCUCCAGAACCUCAUGCUGCACCACCUCCCGGGCAUCUCUGGCCCCAUCCCACAGGCCAUCGCCAGGCUCUCCAACCUCUCCUUCCUCACCAUCUCCUGGACGGGCGUCUCCGGCCCCGUGCCGUCGUUCCUGGGCUCGCUCACCAGGCUCAACCAGCUCGACCUCUCCUUCAACUCCCUCGCCGGCGCCGUCCCGGCCUCGCUCGCCGCGCUGCCCAGCCUCUACAGCAUCGACAUCAGCCGCAACCGCCUCACGGGCUCCCUGCCGCCGCCGCUCUUCAGCAAGCUUAAGGCGCAGGAGGCGUACCUCCGGCUGUCGCACAACAACCUCACCGGCACCGUCCCAGCCGAGUUCACGGCGGUGGCGUUCGCGCAGGUCGACCUGUCCCGGAACGCCUUCGCCGGCGACGCGUCCGGCCUGUUCGGCAGGGCGAAGCCGGUGCAGCAGAUGGACCUGUCGCGCAACGCUUUCAGAUUCAACCUGUCCACCGUGGAGCUGCCGGAGCAGCUCAUCUCGCUGGACCUCAGCCACAACGCCAUCUACGGCGGCAUCCCGGCGCAGGUGGCGAACCUGACCAACCUGCAGUUCUUCAACGUCAGCUACAACCGCCUCUGCGGCGCGGUGCCCACCGGCGGCAACACGGCGAGCUUCGAUGCCUCCAGCUACCAGCACAACAGGUGCUUGUGUGGGACUCCGCUUGCUGAUCCCUGCAAGUGAACGUGUAACUCUUUUAAUCAAACUAUUAUUAUUCUAAUAAAGGAAUAAAUCGAUUUUUCUCUGUCUUUGC